AUGGAUCUGGAGAGCGACUUGCUUAGUCGUAUCGGCUCGACCAUCUCUAGCGGAUCGAACAAGGAGCGGGCUGCUGCGCUAGCUGUUCAUCGCAUACUGCGAGAUGCCGCUGUGGAGAGACGCUGCUUCCAAGUCGACUGGAGUGGCAGAUCCUCUGUUAUGCCCAAGCUACGUUGCUGGAUCCGGGACUGUUUCGUGCCAGCAACGGAACAGGCUAUAUCUACUCUGACGGGUGAGGCGUUACUGAAGCUACCAGCUGAGCAAUUCGUUUCCGCUGCAGAGAACCAUCUCGGUCGGUCAAGAGUAAGCUCAUUGUUCGACUAUGUCCGCAGCUGGCCGUCCAGCCAAGGUGCCAUCCUCGAUAUCAGGGAGUACCUCAGCACGAAUGGUCCGAACGAGAAAGCGCACCUGUGCGCAUCAUUUCUGGACCAGUUUCAACGGCGUUUACUCCACGCAGGGGCGAGCACUACGGAAAUCCUGGGCAUCUACAUCAGUGUCAUCCAUGUCUUCCAAGCACUGGACUCUCGUGGUGUCCUACUGGAGAAGGUCGCAAGUCGAAUUCGCAACUACUUACGUGGGAGAGACGAUACGGCGACCAUUAUUGCCGACAGCCUGCUGGCAGAUAUUGACGAGAUCAACGGCACCGUCACCGGUCACGAUCCGGACAAAGUCUGUCCCGACAUUGCACACGAAGUCAUCACCUCUGCCGUCGACGCCAAAAACGACAAGAUGAUCGACUGGAGUGACAUGACAUGGAUGCCCGACCCGAUUGACGCUGGACCAAAUUACAAGUCAUCCAAGUCAGACGACGUUGUAGCUCAUAUUCUGGCCUUGUUCGAGAAGGAAGACUUUGCCAAAGCUUUUACAGCUGCAAUCGGCGACAACUUCCUCCAUAAGACCGGCGCGGACUUCUCCAAAGAGAUCAAGAUUAUCGAGCUGCUCAAGGCACGCCUGGAUGCCGGACAGAUGCACAACGCCGAAGUAAUGUUGAAGGAUAUGCAGGACUCGGUGGCGCUGCACACCCACUUCAACCCACGAACGACCAACAUCGGCACCGUCACACCCAAAGAGAUCCAGCGAGCCCUUCCAGCAGAAGGUAUCCACGGCGACGUCCUGUACGACAUGUUCAAGACUCGUAUCGAUCGUAAAUUGUUCGGUGGAGCUCUUUCGCUAGUCGCUACCCGUCGCGGGAACAUCUACUAUCCCAAGCGCGCUCGUCUGCCCCUCGAACCAAUACAACCGACCACCACUCAUCCCGAACUUGACGUCAAAGUCAUGUCAAGCCACUUCUGGCCCGAGUAUCCGAGCGAAGACUUCAAGAUCCCUCACCAAAUACAGCAGAAACUGGACGCGUACUCGCAGCAGUACAAGAACUUCAACGGUACGCGAGUCGUUCGCUGGAAACAUGUACAAUCGAGAGCGGAUGUGGUCUUGGAGCUGGAGGACCGUACGGUGGAGGACUCGGUGGACGCUUUCAAGGCUAGUGUCAUCGAUGUCUUCUGCGACGGACUGCAGGGAGAUCAAAAUGAUCCUCCCAUCAACUACGACCCGGCAACCGGUCUUUCGUCUGAUGAGAUUGCCGAAGCACUCGAGAUGCCACCCGAGCUCGUUCUUCUCGCGAUCCACCACUGGACCAGCAGCAGAGUCCUCUACGAACUCACGCCAGGCAAAUAUGCUGUUCUGGAGCGCUUAGACAUGGAGCCUGGCAUCGUCGCCGACCGCAGCACAGAAGAUGUGGACAUGGACGAGGGCAUGCUAGCCGCACUGGCCGAUGAAAGGAAGUUGAAAGAGCAGGCGCCGAUGUUCUCAAUGUUCAUCUCUACGCUGUUGACGAAUAAUGGUCCCAGGCCAGUGGAGGGGCCGAUGGGAAUCACGAAUAUGGUCAAGAUGGUCAUUCCAACGUUCACGUGGGGCGAUGAGCAUGUUUUAAUGCUGCUGAGGAUGAUGGAGGGAGACGGCUUGGUCGAGUGCAAUGGAGAUACAUGGAAGAAGGCGUGA